AUGGAUGGGGAGCGUAUCCUAUACGUGUUAGGAUGCGGAUAUGAAAAUGCGGAGCUCAGCCUAGGACUCGCCGGCUUAGAUGCUAAGUCAAGUGGAAAGAUCGGCUCCUACGCAAUGAUCUACUAUGUGAUGACAACCGCACUGGCCGUAAUCCUUGGUAUCGUGUUGGUGAUCAGCAUUCAUCCGGGCUCUACGUCAAUUAAGGAGACUGUCGAAGUUGGAACAGUCAACAAGCGUGUCACCAGCACACUGGACUCUUUCCUUGAUCUUUUCCGAAAUAUAUUUCCCGAAAACAUUGUCCAGGCCUGUUUGGAACAACAACAGAGUGAACACAGAAAUAUUACUCGUAAAAGAAGAAACGGGAGCCUGCCUAACAUGACUCACAACUCUCGCGAGGAGAUUAUCGUCCCGGUCUACAAGUCAAGCACAAAUGUCCUUGGGCUUGUAACCUUCUCAAUAGCCAUUGGACUGAUAAUGGGGCAAAUGGGAGAACAAGCCCUCAUUAUGGUGCAGUUUUUCGUUAUUUUAAAUGAGAUCGUCAUGCGCCUCGUCAAAAUUAUCAUGUGGUAA